CGCCAGCCAGAGGUAGAGUCAAUCACCACGUUGUGUUGUUUGUGAUUCCUUUAAUGUCAUCAAACUUAUAAUUUAUUCAUAUAAUUGUUACCAGAGACUCGUUUAGGUGAAGACAAAGAGGGUGUAAAGGAGAGGAAGAGUUGGUGGCAAUAUGAAGCUCAAGAGGAUAAGUGGUAAAGGGAAAAAGUGGAAGAAGGGGCAGAGUUGUGUGUCUAAUGCUGAUAAUACUAAACACAGAGAAUCAGCCAGGGGUUGUUUUUUCCAGAAAGUUCAAGGGGAAAGUUACCUGACCAAGGGGGCUUUGGCCGAGCACGAUGCAGCACUCGGGAACAUACAACAGCAGAUGGAGGACCUCUGUGUGGAUGGUGAAGAUCUGCGCAGCGCUGGCAAGACCUUCAACACUUUUGCCACCAACUUCACCUCCUGUACCAUUCCUGCAUUUGAUAAGUUCUUCAGGAAUUUCAGCACCACAUCUGAGCUCCACACCCGUAUGUUGGCAAUCCAUGCUGCAUCACAGGAGUACAUGAAAGAGGCUGGCAUGCCUGAGACGUCAACUUCAUAUUAUUGUAGCUUGAUGAUCAGUUUGGAGGGAAUCAGUGAUAGUGAAGAUGAUGUGGCAGCCACCUUGUCCCUCAUGGUUAAAGUGAUCCGUCGCGUCAGCGUAGAAGUUCUUCGGGUCAAGUACGGUGAAUUUGCUAAGGCCCUGGACACUGCCCUCACCCUGUACCAGUCUUCUAUCAAUGUUACCCUCAUAACUAAUGCCAUUGGGUCAUUGUCUGUGUUGCUACGAGCUCAGGAGCGGGUGCAGUGGACGUACCCCUACACCAUGGAGCUGCUGCACAAGAUUCUCCUCUUCACUUCUCAUGAGAAACCAAAGAUCAGGAAAACAGCGCAGUACAACAUCAGUGCUAUUCUCAAGGGCAGUUCAUUUAUGGUGGACAAGGACGUGCCCAAGUGUAGCCAUCCAGCAGCAGGAGCCGUGGCAGAGUUCUGUGUGUCCCAGCUCCGAGACUCUAGUGAGAUGGGCAAUGCUAAAACUACCUUACAUUUCCUCGUCUUCCUCAGACAGGUCAUUAUGGCCUUCCCAAAAAAGCAGUUAAAAAGUGUGUGUGAGUGUGUUCUCUCCAUCAUGCAGCUGGGCAAAUCCCUCACUAAUACAUGUGCCAUGCAAGCCUUCUAUAGCCUCUUCGUCUCUGAACCAUCACCAGCUGUGUUUCCCGCUGACACAAACAGCGCUCUUAUUUGUGCUUUGACAACUGAGGGGGCAGGUUUGUCCCAUCAUUCGGUGGCAAUAAUUCCGGGGAUAAACGAUCCACAGCCAGCCAGUGCUUGGAUGACUGUACUUACAGUGGCACACAUUAAUCUCUUCAAGUUAAAUGAAGAGCUGGGCAUGAAGUACAUUGCCUCUUGGUUUGAGCAGCUGGUCCCCUACUGGCAGAGUGACCAUGAUGAAGUGCAGACAAAGGUGUUUGAGUCAUUUGAAGCUCUGAUACAAGAAUGUGUCGGCAACUGCAGUAAAGAGUACCUGGCCAGUGAUCAGGGUCAAAUAGCGGCCAUCUUUCGGGUAGUGGAGGGAGGCCUCUCAUUCCAGUUCCAGUCUGCGUGGGGUCAUGUGUUUAAGUGUAUAAGCGUUUGUUUCACCGUGAUUGGUCCAAACUUCCCAGCUAUGAUGGAACCGUGUCUGAAAAACCUCACAGAGCUAAUGGAAAACCCCCACUUACCUCACAGGGCAUAUCUAGAGCAAGCCAUUGGUGCAGCAGUGAGAGCCCUGGGGCCCAAGUCUCUCAUGGCUGUUGUGCCGCUUCAAGUGACUGGCAAUGUGACUGAAGAUGAGAAGCGUUUUUGGGUCCUUCCCAUUCUAAAGAAAUAUGUAAAAAAUACUCAACUCUGUUACUUUGAAGAUUACUUUGUUCAUUUGGCUGGAAAAUGUUUUGUGCUUCUGGAUUCUCUUAAAGAAAAGGGCCAAGAAGAUUCCUUAUUGGCAAAGACUUACCAAACAGUGGAAAGACAGGUUUGGGCAAUGUUACCAAGCUUCUGCGAUAAGGCAACUGAUGUUGAUCAAUCUUUGAGUAAUGAAAAGUUUGCCCGUAUCUUGUGUGACCACAUCAAGUUCCGUGAUGACACGAGAACUGUUGUAAUGGAGGCGCUGCGCAACAUGAUCAAUGAUAACAUAGAACACCCAGGCAAAUUAGCCAUUUAUUCUAAAAACUACAUCCCUGCUUUAUUCAACGUGUACCUCACUCCACCCAAGGACAAGGGAAGUAAAGACUCGGGGGAACCCACCAUGAGUGCUGGACAAAGACAGGCUGCUCACUAUACCAUUAAAACAUAUCUUCAGAUUGUCCCCAUACCAAAAUGUAAUGAAUUUCUUGGUCUUAUCAUGACUAAAUAUAAUGAUGAAAAUGACAGCUUCAAGAAGCAAGCAUUUUUGGACCUUGCAAGGGCUUUCCUCCCUUAUCUGGACAGUAAUUUGCUGCAACGUCUGUAUGAAAAAGUGUCACCCCUGGUCAGGUCAGCAAAGGACCAUAGAGAGCAAAAGGCUGCUUAUAGACUACUGGAGGAACUUCUAGGUGUAGGGACAGAGGGAGGCCAGGAUUUCAUUAUGAAGAAUCUGGAAGGUCUCUCAGAGCUGCUGCUGAAGUCACUGGCCUCGGCUGCCCCCAGUUCACGAGCGCCACGCCUGAGGUCCGUCAGACAAGUUCUUCUUCAACUGAAGACAGACAUGGAAGAAGAGAGUCGAGAUGCAUUCCUUAAUCAGGUGGUGGGAGAGUGUGUCAUGUGCUGUGGAAAGAAAAUGUCCGUAGCAACGCGCAAGGCUGCAUUCCUCCUCCUCUCAGAAGUUGGUGCCACAAUCCAGAAGCAUCGUGGGUGUUCGGGUGAAGACACUGUACGUCACUGCCUGAAGCUGCUAAUGGCGGGGCUUGUCGGGUCACCAGUUCUGGCUGCUAACUCUGUCCUGGCUAUUACUGCUCUUACUUAUCAGUAUAGAGAUAUCAUAUCUGACGACAUGAUUGAACUGCUUGUCCAGAACAUGUGUGUGCAGCUGAUGGCCAGUUCUCGGGAGAUUGUCGGCUCCUGUUUGUCAUUCAUCAAGUCUUCCUUCAUCAUCUUCCCCGUUCCCGUCAUGUCCAGUUAUGUAGACACGAUUGUCAAGGCUCUCUGUAAUAUGGUACCUGAUUGUCAAAGAAGAUUCAGACUGAAGACGCGAGACAUACUGGACAGGUUGAUGCGCAAGUUUGGUGCAGAUCGUAUUGCAGCUUUGGUGCCACGGGGCAAUACUGCACUGCAAAAACGCAUUCGUAACCUCCGAAAGAUAGCAGCGAGGAAGCAGAGAGAACGGGACGCGAGAAAGCAGAGUGAGGACGUGAGCGAUGAUGAGGACUUUACUUCUCGGGCUCUCCCUGCCAGUCUGGAUGAGAUCUUAGCCGAGAUUGACACAGAUAACGAAGAAGAUGAGGAGGAGGGAGCCACCAAGAGUAAAGGUAAAGGGAAGGGCAGAGGUAAACAAGAAGGCAAGAAGAAGAAGAAGAUCACCUGGAUAAAAGAAGACACAGAGAACAUAGUUGAUUUGCUGGAUGCCUCAGCUGGCCAAGCACUGGUUUCUAAACGACCCACCCUGAAAGCUGCUCGGGACCGGGGUGCUUCUAAAGAGGAUGGGAGUACUAGUGGCUUCCAGGUGGACAAGGGUACUGGUAAAUUUAUCAUCAAAGAGGAUAACAGUAAGGAGAAGAAGGACAGUGUCUCAAAGAUGGACUUUAUGGAAGACAUUGAUGAGUUUCUGGGCAUGAAGGCAGGAGCACAGGGUGGGAAGAUCAAGAACAGAAAGAGAACAUUCAGCGGAGGCUCAAGUGAACAAGUGGAACCUCCUGUAAAGGUUGCAACUGUAACUACUGGCAAAGAUGGCAAGAAGAAGGUGUCCAAAAAGGCCCAUGACUACGGGUCAGAAUUCCGCUCUAAGAAGGCCGGUGGUGACAUGAUGAAGAAGGGCAAGGUGUCUCCAUAUGCAUACGUGCAGUUCUCAAAGGACAGACUCAACAAAAGGAAGAAGGCCAAAUAUGAAGGACAGUUCACGAGCUUGGUGAAGGGAGCCAGAAAGGGUGUAGCUAAGGGCAGCAAGAAAAAAGGCCGCAACAAGAAGUGAUGAGCAAGAGUUGACGCGUCAUAUAUUGGUUUUGUUUGGUGUCUGUAACUUUACUAAUUACUGUACUGUAUAUGGUUAUACUGUAUCUGAAACAUCACUUAUGGUACUGUAUUAGUAUAUUCAUAUUAAGUUCAUGACUGUACAAAGAUAAAUAAAUAUAUAAUUAUGAUUUAUAAACAAAAUUUGUCUUAGGAUAAGAUGUUCUACAGAAUUAUGUACAUAUUUCUUAUGUACCUUCUUGUGUACUCACUGCAUGGUGACAACUUAUAAAAGCUUCACCAGACAUCAGUUAGUGACCACCGCUACACCCUCUUAUGCAGGACCCAGCUGGCUGCUGCAACUCAAAACAUUAUCCAUUCACAUUUUAUUAGCACAGAGGAAUACCCAUACACAAGGAGUUAGCUGAAGGUUCUACACAUUGUUUGAUCAUAACCAAGUGAGGCAGCCACCACAUACUUAUAUACAAUACUGGGGAUGAUACUAUGAUAAAAGCAGGAGGGUUCCUCGACACAUGGACAUUCACAAUGGAGUAAAGAAGACUUUUCUCACAUCUUGUCUAAACCACCUCAAAAUAUUUAUCUUAAAAAUUACACCAAAAGUUUGUUAAUUCUAUGUGUAGGGGUGUGAUGUUAUCAGUAAUUAUUGAUGUACAGUACUGUAUAUGUAGAAUGAAUAAAUAGUACCAUUGCCAGGAGAUAUCAGAAGUUGGCAUACACAAUACAUGGGUUCCUACAUAAUUCAGUUUAACGCAGCUUUAGAGGGGGACUUGUACGUUGAGUGGAUGGAAACUAUUGAAAUGCUAAAGACAGAAAGUGGAAUAGUGCUAGAAUGGAUGAGAAGAGAUAAGUACAGGCCAUGCAAUAUAUAAGACAAGGAAUGUGUACUAUUAGUGAUAAGAUUGACUAUGAUACUGUAUAAGGAAUAUGUUGAGUAUACACCAGGGUAAGUGUAUGGUGGAGUUAUCAAGAGAGUUGUAGCCAAAACAGUGUUUAUUAAAGGAUGGAGCAGUGUGGCUUUUGAAAAGAGAAGAAUUUGUCUGGUAUUUAUAGUUUUAGAGAAAGCAUUUGAUGGAGUUAGUAGGCAAUUUGAGAAGACUUGAAAAUGUAUAGAGUAAGUGGAGACGUGUUGAAUACUGUACUGAGUUUUUAUAAGGAGGGGGAUGCAUGUGUCAGGGUUUGUUGAUAAAAAGAAAAUUUUACGUGAAAAUAAGUAUUUCAAGAAGUCAAAAUAACAUUUUGGUUUAAUAAUUUCAUAAAAGUAGAAAGGUUGAAAGCAAGAGUGAUGGAACUACAAGUUUGGUAAGUAAUGAAAGAGGAUGACAAAGGGGAGUGAAGUGGAGUACAGUAUUUGCUGUUUGCAGAUGACACUGUUCUAGUGAGCAAUUGGAUAAAAUAAUAUACAGUAAUGAUAGUGAAUGAUUUGGGAAGAGUGAGCACCGGGAGAGUUAAUUUUGAUUUUUGAUUGUAAAUAACAGUAAAGAGAUGGAACAUUUGAAUGCAAGAAUGUGAAUGCUACAAUCACUCCCAUAUAGACAGGAGCAUUAGAAUAGGACUGAGUGAGAGGAUGUCAUGUUUAACAAAGAGCUCAUUUGAACAUAAUAAUUGUCAUCUUGUAAGACUGUCACCCCAAAAGAUAAUAAACAGCUUUGUAAACUGCUGGGAAGACUUAGUGAGGAGGUCACCAGUCUGUUGUGGUGAGAGCAGACAGCUAGACUCUGACAGAAGGUAAACACAUUAUGAAGGACCACAGGUGCCACCAGUCACGAGGGUGAUGUCCGGGCUAAAGCUGACUAUUAUUCCACCUGAAAACACAUGACUGUUAAUGGCAUGUAGAAUGAAUUCUUUAGAAAAUAGUUACCACUAUUUAAUGAAGCUGUAAGUUAAUGCAGUAUAAAUUUGAUGCAGCAGUUGAGUGGAUAUAUCCGUCACCCAUUAAUGGUCACUGGUUUGGGGCACCUUUAGUCCACCCAUUUGUUAAUGGGUGCCUACCAUAACUGUUGGAGAAGUGAAGGUGGUUGAAUGUAGUGUCAGUCGCAUUGCCUCCUUGUAUUUGCUAUUUCCAUAACGGGCUGUCAGCCACUCACUUUUUUAAUUCCAGAGUCCUGUGUGGACACGACUUGUUACAGUAUUACAAAGACUUUGUUAAGUGAAGUAAUAUAGUAUUAUGGUAGAAAUAACUAACCAAUCACACAAUAGAUACAGAGUAAGUCAGCAGAGUAAUUUUUAGUGCAAGUUAUUGUAUCAAUACAGUACAUUUAAGGAACAAUAUACCUGCAGCUUUUACAACUAUAAUCUUGGUUGAAAAAAAUAUUAAUCUCAGUCACUACAUGUAUAGGCUACAGUACUGUAUACCCUUUUGGUGCAGCUUUACUUAGGACUAUCGAACACAAUACAGUACAGUACACAAAAAAGUAAAAGUCUGAAACAAUACAAUAUUAUAGCUAGAACACCAACAUCAAUAUGUUAAAGUUACCCCUUUUAUGUUAGUUUUCAAUAAAGGUCUGAAAAAGUAAA